GCACCGGAGCUGCUGGCUUAGCCCUCGGGGGGAUGGCGAGCCGAACGGGGCGGAACACCACGGACAGCCUAGAGCCACUCUCCAUCCCCGAGCAGUCCAUCGCUCAGGAGGUGGUGGGCCUCCUCUGCAUGGUCCUCCUCACCCUCACGGCCCUGGUGGCCAACACCGUGGUGAUGGUCGUCAUUCUCAAAACCCCCGUUCUCAGGAAGUUCAUCUUCGUCUGCCACCUCUGCGUGGUUGACCUCCUCUCUGCCAUUUUCCUCAUGCCCCUGGGGAUCAUCUCCAGCUCCUCCUGCUUCAACAGAGUGAUCUACAGCAUUGCCGAGUGCCAGGCCUUGAUAUUCCUAAAUGUCUGCUUCAUCAGUGCCUCCAUCCUCACCAUCUCCAUCAUCAGCGUGGAGCGGUACUACUACAUCGUCCACCCCAUGAGGUAUGAGGUCAAGAUGACCAUCAGACUGGCAGUGGCCGGAGUGAUCUUCAUUUGGGUCAAGUCUGUUCUCAUCACUGUCUUGGCACUGGUGGGCUGGCCUCAAGGCAAUCGGGCCACCAGUGCCAGCCGCUGCACAGUCUACGGGCCGAGCCGCGUGCCCCCCCCCCCCCCCAGCCGCUGCACAGUCUACUGGAGCCCUGGGGCCCACAAGAAGGUUUUUGUGAUCAUCUUCAGCAUUGUCUGCUUCGUCCUGCCCACCAUCAUCAUCUUUGCUGUCUACUGCAGUGUCUACCGUGUGGCCCGGAUGGCAUCGCUGCAGCACGUGCCCAUGCCAGCACAGGCAGCUGCACCGAGACACCGAUCCGACUCCAUUGCUAGCCAAGUGACCAUCAUCACCACCAGGAACCUGCCACUGCCCAGGCUGAUGCCAGAGCGCUUUUUGGGAAGCAACAAGGCCAUCCUCACCUUGGUCCUCAUUGUAGGACAGUUCCUGUGCUGUUGGCUGCCCUUCUUCGCUUUCCACUUGCACUCCUCUGUCACCACUGGCACGGUGGGCGGUGGGCACGGGGAGAUGGUGGUCACCUGGAUUGCCUACUCCUCCUUCGCCAUCAAUCCCUGCGGGCUGCUGACCCGCCAGAUCCGAGAGGAGCUGGCCCGGCUCCGGCGCAGCUGUCUCAACCGGCCGCUGGGCCAGGAGCUCUGUCUUUCUGUUUCAGAGGCCUCUGUCCAGGAAAACUUCUUGCAAUUCCUCCAGAGAGCGACUUGCACACUGGAGACCCAUGCCAGCUGCAUCAGCCCCAGCCCCAGGAACAGGCUGGACGAGACCAAGAUGGGCUUCCCCAUCCCAGGUCAAGUUCCUGAAGAGAGCAGCUGA